GCCGGCGAUAAGACAACCAGGUCAUGAAGAUUUUCAUGUCCUGGAGCUCUAUAGAGUGUGGCAGACACUUCAUGAUGAAGGCAGUGAACCACCUGCUUUCUCGAGGAUAGGCUUUGGGGAGACUCAAGUGGGCUUUGCCUAGCAUAGACCAGACCGGCAUCGUCAGGUCAACUCAGGCCUCGAUCGCCUCACUCACAACUCACACAAUUGCUCAAGCCACGCUCAGAAUGACUGAGUUGAUAACGACGGAUGAGGUCUUGUUCGACGACAUCGUCGGUCUUCUCGAUUUCAACGGCUCCCUCACGCCGAGGCUGUCAAUUGGAGAUACCGACGGCCUCACGGCGGCUCUAUUCAACGAAACUACAGACCCUGCAAGCCCAUCCACUGACAACGAUGACAACACCAAACACGACAAACAAAGCCGCAAGCGAGAGAGGGAGAAGACCCGACAGCGCCGGUAUCGUCAGCGUCUCCGAGACAGUCGAGACGUGCUACAGCGACAAGUUGACGAGCUGUCCAAGGAGCUACAACGCUUGAACAAACAGGCUGCGAUGAGGAGGGAGCUGGAAAUAUCCACCGACGUCCUCACAAACUCGCAAUGGGUCUCAGAAAUAGUUCGACAACAAGAGCAACGCGCGCUCUCUGAAGCCGAACAUAAGCGUUUGGUCGCCGCUGUGAACUACCAAGCGUCCUACAUCGAAGGCCUUCGACAGGUCGUCGGCAAUAGAUUGAACGGCAACGCUGUUCCCUUCGGCACGGACAACAGCUUCAACUGCUUUAAAAACGUCCCAACACUACACUCGAUGACGAGUGCGCUGUACACGACCUACUUGCAGCAACUUGAAGGCUCUUACGCCCGUGUCGACAGCGUUCUCAACGCGUGUGGCUUGAUGACGAUGCCGGAGACGACAGUAAACACGACCCACAGACGCGAAGCCGAUGGCGAAGUGGCAUAUUUCCAGCACGUCAACAAGGUGUUGUUGCCCUAUAGUUUCCAGAAGAUAUGUGAGGCUAUCUGGGCGACGAUACACGAGCAAGAGGAGCCAGCGUUUGGCGGCUAUGAGACUGCACCUGACGACGAUGUUUUUAUCAAAUCGCGCGUCCUUACGUCGCUCAACGUUGGUACACUGGUACAGCGCUUCAUCUCGCGCUACUACAUGGAGGAGAAUCGGCUGGUUUUCGUCUGGAAAAUGUCCACUGAGGGCGAAGGAGAUUUCAGCGGACUCCAUGCAGAGGAAACGGCGUGGAUGAGUGUUCGACCAACUGCGGCUGGUGUGGUGCUGGAAGUUUGUGUACAACAAGUGCCUAUGCGCUUCAACUUAGCUUCCACCCAUGAACCAGCAGUGGCAAUGUUCCACAACAUGCUUCAUGAAUCACUUGAAGCGGAUAAGAACGAGAUGUCGAAGAAAUUGGAGAGUUUGUUACUCAACGAUGUUUUGACUGGGAUCGAGUGCUGACUCGAGUUAAGGCGGGAGUCGAAUUAUUGUAUAACUGGAACUUAUUGCAGCUUGCAACACAACUAAAGACUUGAGUUUUUGCUGGUUUGGAGACGGAGUAGCUAAUCGUUUUCUGGAAAAUUCCACUCACGGGCCUAUUCAUAUACUUAUAAUCGUUCUGUGUUCACCAGUGAUAGCAUC